AGUGGUGUAAUUUGUUUUUGUUUUCCUUGAGCACGUUGGUAAUUGAUCUGUCUACAUGUAUUGCAGUUGUUUGUUGAAUUUUUGAAUAGUACCUUCUUUUUCCUCUCUCUUGCACUGUAGUUAAUUAAAUGUUAUGCUUCGUUGUAUUUUGUAAUUGUCUAGAACAUAAAUAAUGAAGAUUAAAGAAUUUGAUCCAGGAAAUUCUGUGUAUGAAAAUAUUCAGAGCCAAGAUGAAGCUGAAACUUUAGUAACCACAUACCCUAAUAGUUCAAAAGCAUGGCUGUUGUAUAUGGUGUACUGCCUUAAACAUGCUGAGGUCAACAAGGCAAGAGCAGUAACAAAGAGAGCUUUACAAACAAUAAAUUUCAGAGAGGACAAAGAAAAACUAAAUAUUUGGAAAGCUUUGCUGAAUCUUGAACUACAUUAUGGCACUGAUGAAUCUGUAGACAAUGUUUUAAAAGAAGCUUUGGUGUAUAAUGAUCAAGGAGUGAUAUAUAAUCAUAUGCUGGAUGCUUACAUCAGUUUCGAAAAGACAGAGGAUUUAAAGAAACUUUCAAAUGUUAUAUUAAAGAAAUUAAAAAAUGACAAAGAAGUGUGGAUAAAAUUUAUGACCUAUUAUAUGAAGAUUGGAAAGCAAAAAGAAGCAAGAAACUUUUUGUCUAGAAGCCUCCAGAGUGUUCCCAAUAGAGAACGUAUGUAUAAUAUUUCAAGUUUCCCUUUUUUUCUCUUUAAGAAUAUCCAG